AUGUCUCAGGAUCCCCAUAACGGAAAGGGCACCUUUGAGGUGCACAAGCAACCCCAGCCCGGUCUCAAAGUUUUCCGAAAGGGCAAGUACAUUGACCCCAAGACCUUCCAGAUGUCCCCCGCUCUGAUUCGGGCCCGACGACCCUUCUUUGUGCGAAACAUGCUCGCUCUGGCCGGCCUCACCGGUUUUGUCGCCGGUAUCUACGGAUACACCAUGUACUCUCUGCGUACCGACGACUUUGGCGAUGUGCCUAUUCCUCCUCUUGAUCCCGAAGAGAUCAAGAAGCUCCAGAGCAAGUACAGCGACGACUCCAAGGCCUAG